AUGGACAGUGUUCUUGAGAAUGAUACUCGAAGUGUUCCUGGUGUCAACGAUGCAUCUAACCAGCAAUUUUUUAAUCAAUCUAAUGCUGAGUUUGGGCAUUUAAAAAAGCCUAGGUUUUCUGAAGCAAUGAGGAAUCCAAGGGCUUCCCUAACAAUCAACAGGUCGAAACUGGACAUUCUCUUCAAAUCAGAGUUGUGCAUGCUAUUCCAAAGGGGCAAAUGCUAUUAUGGUGACAAUUGUCAUUAUGCCCAUGGCAUGAGUGACAUUAUGAAUUCAAGUUUGAGAGGGCUUGCAAAUGGGUAUCAAAGAAAUACAAUGAAUAAAUGGAAAACGUGUUUUAAGUUUUCAAGUGGGAAAGGUUGUCCUUACGGCGAUAAAUGCCAAUUUCUUCAUGAACGUGUAGGUCAAGAGUAUCAGAGGCAGAAUUUUCGCAAGAUGAAGCUCUGCAACAAGUGGGAGAAAUUUGGACACUGUCCUCAUGGGCUGAAUUGUGUCUACGCUCAUAGACGUGCAGAAUUGCAAAGGUCUGGUUGCAUUUCUGAGCUGGAAUGUGCAAAUGCUUCCAAUGCAAAAGCUGUUGCCAUGCAAUCGAGUGAUUCUGAACAAAAGACUGCUUGUGAGCAGAGGCUCCGAGGUAAAAGGUGCUUUAUGAAGUGGAAUGUUGAGGAGAUUGGUCGUAUCUAUGCUGACUGGAUUGAAAGCUGA